AUGAGUCCAACAUCCAUGUUCAAUGUCAUUGGAAAGGAGUUAUUACGAAAAUGCGACGAUCAAGAUGAUCUUAUUGAUACAGUUGUAUUCGAUCCCAACGACUGUAACUUUGACGCCGAUGCCCUCUUAUGUGGCCAAUAUGUCACAAACGGAAUGGUGGCUGGAUUUCGCACUGUUGACUACCUAGCUGGCUACUUUCGAUACACUGACAAAAGAUUUCUUGGAAACGAAUUGAAUUCAACGUCAGUCUUUCCGCAUUGA